AUGCUGGUUGUCGAAAUCAAACCGCUGUUGGUGCACUUAAAUUUUUACAUAAACGCUUUUUCAGCUAAUCUCCAGUCGUCGGAGGGAAGGGAAGGGGGAAUAUAUUUCUCGGUAAAAAAGCUUGCAGUACCUCUGCACAAGAAGCAUUUCAGCAUAGACUGUCUGGAAGAGACUGAUGUCGUAAGCGCCCGCGAGCCUAAGCAUGCGUCCCAUGGGUUAAGCGCUCGAACUGCCGUCAUAGGGCCGAAAUUUUCUAGGGAUAACAGCAGGGAUUUCAUAUCAAAAUAG